AUGAGCAUUGUUGAAUACAAGGCAAUCGUUGAAUAUGGCGAUAGAGCGAUCAUCUUUGUUGGAAUGAACCAUUUCUAUCCUUUGGUCGUGCAACGAGGUCAAGUCAUGCACAGCAAAUAUGGUGCAUUUCCUCACGAUUGGAUGGUCGGGAAAACAUUUGGAAGUAAAAUUUGGGCUAGAAAUAAUAAAGGUUGGCUGUAUAUUCUUCAUCCUACAGCUGAAUUAUGGACUUUAUCACUACUACAUCGAACUCAAGUAAUUUAUAGUACGGAUAUUAGUAUGAUUAUAAGUGAAUUAGAAAUUAUGCCUGGAUGCUUAGUAAUUGAAUCGGGUACAGGGAGUGGAUCAUUAUCUCAUGCGAUUAUCCGAGCUGUUUCGCCAAAUGGCAAGCUGUUAACGUAUGAAUUUCAUAACGAACGAGCAGAUAAAGCUGAAAAUGAUUUUAAACUUAAUGGAUUAAAUCAUCUAGUUACGGUACACUGUCGCAAUGUUUGCCAAGAAGGAUUUGAUAUAACAUCGGAAGCAGAUGCAGUUAUUUUAGAUUUACCCAUUCCCUGGGAAGCAAUUCCAUAUGCAAAACAAGCACUCAAACCGGGUGGUAGAAUUUGCUGUUUCUCCCCUUGUAUCGAACAAGUGCAAAGAAGUUGUAUGUGCUUACGUGAUCAUGGUUUUAUCGAUGUCAAAGUUCUAGAAACGAUAUUAAGACCGUAUCGUGUUAAGAAAAUGGAAUUGCCUAUCGCUAAUACUGGUAAUUGCGAAUCCUUCCAAUCCAACGAGCGUAGUGAUCCAUCAACGAGUCAUCAUGAAAAUAAAAGUAAACGAGAAUUACUAUCAACAUUUCCCGUAGCAACCACUCCAGGCCAUACUGGUUAUUUAACGUUUGCCACAUUCUAUCCACAAGAAUGA